AUGCGUUCCUACGUCGCUGUUUCCAUCUUUGCGUUUUCCGCAUCCGUCCUCUCGGCCCCUACUCCUCAGCUUGGCCUCAACAACCUAGUCGGCUCAGUCACUGGCACCGCCACUGGCACUGUUGGAUCCCUCACUGGUACCGUCGGCAAGACCGUUGACCCCGUCACCGGUGUUGUCUCCAAGGAUGGUAGCCUCGAAGGCGUCACUGGUCUCUUGAAAGAGAAGCGCCAACUUGAGGUCCUUGGCGGCCUCACCAGGCCUGCUACCGACCUCACCAAGCCCGUUACCGACAUCGUUGGCGAUGUCACCAAGAUCAGGGUUGUCGGAAACGCCAGGCGUCAGCUCGACCUUCCCGUUGUUCCCAAGCUCACCGAGACCGUUGACCGCGUCACUGACAGCGUCAACUUGAGCGGUACCGUCAAGGGCCUCACCGAGACCGUUGACCGCGUCACUGACAGCGUCAACUUGAGCGGUACCGUCAAGGGCGUCAACGCCGACCUCCACAACAAGCGUGAGCUUCUCAACCUCGAUACCACCACCUCGACUGUCGACGGCCUCACCGGCCUCAACUCCAACGAGCUCACCGCCGAUGUCACCCACGGCCAGAUCCUCGACACCGACAAGGUCCUUGACCUCAACACUGACGACCUCCUCGACAUCGACCUCAACCUCAAGCGCGGCAUCCCCGUCGUCCAGGACCUGCCUGUUGGCGGCGGUGUCUCCGGCAUCCUCGAUAACACCCCCGUUGUCGGCGGCCUGACCAACACCGUCAACAGCGUCACAGGUGACCUCGACCCCGUCACCGGCCUCGUCUACAAGACUGCCAAGCCAGUCACUGACGCCACUAACAUCCUUGACGUUCGUGCUCCUCUCCUUGACAACGUCGAGGUUGAGCACCUUGUCGGUGUUGUCAAUGUCCCCGCCGUCGGUGAUAUUGUCAAGAACGUUCCCGCUGUCAAGGAUGUUUAA